AUUGAAAUAAAUGUAGAAAAUGAAGACUCGAAUACUAUCAAAAAAGAACAUCCAUCUGAAGACGCAAAUGCUUUUGUUUUGAAACCAAUUUCUAAUAUAGAAGAUAGAGAUACGAGAUUUGACCAACAUUCUCAGAAAAUUUUAACAUUAACUGAAAUUGAUUUUAUGCUCUUGGAACCUACGUCAAUAAAUACAAAUAGUCCCACUAACAUAAAUACAUCCCAAUCGAAGGAUGAUGAUAUUCCAAAAAUACAAGAACUUAGUAAUGAUAAAAACAUACAAUCUAUGGAAUCAAAUUCUGAUUUGAUGGAAAAUGAACGCAUCGUCCAAAAUGUUGCUAUUCAAGCGGGAUAUAGUAAUAAUAUAUAUGAUCCUCUUCAAAGUUCUAAUAAUGCAAGAGAUAUAGAUGGCUGGUUGUCUCCCAGUACUAAUUUAAGAUCCAAACGACGAAAGACAGGUUGUUCGGAAAGUGCCGAUAAACACGUUGGACGAUUACAUGUCCCAUCAACAAACACUUCUAUGAUUGAAUCAAAGUCAGAGACGCGAUUCAGAG